UUGGCUGACUGGGGCGCAGCUUGAUGGCGUCGGGCUGGCGAGCUGCGGUCCCGCGGGUGGACCCGGGGCGAAGGCCGCCUGUGUGAGAGGGCCAGUGGCCCAAGCUCGCUGCGGACACGGGGAGGGGGAAUCGGGGGCACUAGGCCUCCCUACACUUCGCCAUGAGUUUCCUGAUCGACUCCAGUAUCAUGAUUACCUCCCAGAUACUUUUCUUUGGAUUUGGAUGGCUUUUCUUCAUGCGCCAACUGUUUAAGGACUAUGAAGUACGUCAAUAUGUGGUACAGGUGAUCUUCUCUGUGACUUUCGCAUUUUCGUGCACCAUGUUUGAGCUCAUCAUCUUUGAAAUCUUAAAAGUAUUGAAUAGCAGUUCCCGUUAUUUUCACUGGAAAAUGAACCUGUGCGUAAUCCUUCUGAUCCUGGUGUUCAUGGUGCCUUUUUACAUUGGCUAUUUUAUUGUGAGCAACAUCCGACUAUUGCAUAGGCAGCGACUGCUCUUCUCCUGUCUCCUGUGGUUGACCUUCAUGUACUUCUUCUGGAAACUAGGAGACCCAUUUCCCAUUCUCAGCCCGAAACAUGGGAUUUUGUCCAUAGAACAGCUCAUCAGCCGGGUAGGUGUGAUCGGUGUGACUCUCAUGGCUCUUCUUUCUGGAUUUGGUGCUGUCAACUGCCCAUACACGUACAUGUCCUACUUCCUCAGAAAUGUGACUGAUGCAGAUAUCCUCGCCCUGGAACGGCGACUGCUCCAAACCAUGGACAUGAUUAUCAGCAAAAAGAAAAGGAUGGCAAUGACACGGAGAACUAUGUUCCAGAAGGGGGAGGUGCAUAACAAACCAUCAGGAUUCUGGGGAAUGAUAAAAAGUGUUACCACUUCAGCACCAGGAAGUGAAAAUCUCACUCUUAUCCAACAGGAAGUGGACGCUUUGGAAGAACUAAGCAGGCAGCUUUUUCUGGAAACAGCUGAUCUGUAUGCUACCAAGGAGAGAAUAGAAUAUUCCAAAACAUUUAAGGGAAAAUACUUCAAUUUUCUGGGUUACUUUUUCUCUAUUUACUGUGUUUGGAAAAUUUUCAUGGCAACGAUUAAUAUCGUUUUUGACCGGGUUGGGAAAACUGAUCCUGUCACAAGAGGCAUUGAGAUCACUGUGAAUUAUCUGGGGAUCCAAUUUGAUGUGAAGUUCUGGUCUCAACACAUUUCCUUCAUUCUGGUUGGAAUCAUCAUCGUUACAUCUAUCCGAGGACUGCUGAUCACUCUUACCAAGUUCUUUUAUGCCAUCUCUAGCAGUAAGUCCUCCAACGUCAUUGUCCUGCUGUUAGCACAGAUAAUGGGCAUGUACUUUGUCUCCUCUGUGCUGCUGAUUCGAAUGAGCAUGCCUCUAGAAUAUCGUACCAUAAUCACCGAAGUCCUGGGGGAGCUACAGUUCAACUUCUAUCACCGUUGGUUUGAUGUGAUCUUCCUGGUCAGUGCUCUCUCCAGCAUACUGUUCCUCUAUUUGGCUCACAAACAGGCACCAGAGAAGCAUAUGGCACCUUGAACUCAUGCCUGUUACAGACUGCUACGGGCCAGUAGCGUCAGAAUUUGGAUUUAAGAGAAAACAAUGGAGGGGACCAGGGCCUAAUAUUUUUUAAACAAUCAAAACACUGAGGUAGCAGAUUCUACCUCCAGCUUAUGCCUUCCUCCUCAGCUGAUACUGUGAUCAUGUAGCAUUAGCUAGAACAUGAGCGUGAAGUAAACUCAAGCUAGCCCUCAGCGGAGCGCAUCCCACGUGGGUUUGAGGCCGAUGCAGCAUGGCGGAAGAGGGGUGGAAAAGAGCCAAGAAACUAGUCUGGGAGAAUACACUGGAGCCCUAGGGUAAGAGGAAGUCUGAGGUAGCUGGGCCAAACACACAGGAUCUCUGUCAAGGCUCACACGGAGGAGGUUCUGGCUUUCCCUUAAGAUUGACAAUCAUUAAAAUCAGAUUGGAACCCUUUGGCCUUAGCUUCAUUUUAUCAAGGAUAGCUUGGUAGUGUGCUUGUGUGAUCUAACGUGAGUUGGCAUCCCCCAGCCAACCCCCGCCCCAUAAAAAUUACCAACAGGUUAUCUGUUCUUGUCCGGGGAUGGAAUGGUGUGCUACUGAAAUAGAUUCUACCGAGAGAGGUCAGGUAUAUCAUCUUUAUUGAUUUCCUUUUAAGUCCGUAUUUGAGAGUGAAUUACUGUGCAUUCAAGUUGGUGAUGAUGUCUCAGUUUUUUUUUUUCUUUCCAUCUGCUCCCUCAUGCUGUGGGGUAAAACAAUGAAUAACUGUUAACUGGAAUAAGUUUUCCUAUUGUAGACCCUACUUUUCUCCAUCUGUGAAAGGAAAAUGUUGGAAAGUUUAUAGAAUAUUCAGAAAUGCAAUUUAAGGAAAUCCUGAAUUUUAUUGUGCUGGGACUUCCAGAGGCAAAAUGAAAGUUAAAGCAUAAAAGCAAGUUUACCAAAAACAAAAGCACUAUUAAGGUUUGAUCAGCUAACAAGGAAGACUCUAAAGGCAUUCUUAAUGGCAUCUGUUUUAGCAACCACAACAUUCUUACAAAACCAUAAUUUUAAUAG